GACUUUUGGAUGUCGAUAUAUAUUAUCAUUACACGUCUCAUCUUCAUCUUCAUAUUCAUCGUGGCCUAAACCUAGGGUUUGCUCCAAUUCCUUCGUAUCUUUAAUUCCAAUUCCUUCGUUUCUUUAAUCCGAAGUGAACAUAUAUGCAGCCGCCGAACAUAAUCCUGCGCCCGCCGUUUGUUAUAUAAUAUCUUUCCUUUCGCGAACUGAUUCAUGGUUUGGGAAUUAUCAAUUAUGAUUAUCCCCGUCGAUUUUCAAUUCUCAUCGUCACAUGGUAUGAAGCUGAGCUAUAAUCUUCGAGUUUUUGGACCUGGUUUGAAUCCUUUUGCCCCCUACAACAUGGCCAAUCAUUCCUCUCGCUAAAUUUUAUUCUCUUUUUUUCUUUUUCGAGCCUUCCUAUUCAGAUAAUGUAAAAGGAUUUCACAUUAGCGAAGCGAUUGUCAACUGAUUUAUGUGUCAAGUUUUCUGUCCUGAAUUCUGAGGCUAUCGUUACAACAAAAUAUUGAAGGUUUUUGUUUUGAUUUGAAGGCCUUCGUUUGUUUUUCGUUUUAAUCGUUAGUGUUCUUCCUUUUACGAAGAAAAGGGAUCUUCAAGAUUGGAACCUUAUCAGCUUCAGUUUUGGGUUGUCUUUUUCAUCUUCUGUAAAACUGCUAAGUAUGUGAGACGGUCUUUAGUCUUGACUUUGGCCUAUUUUUAGAAUCAAAGGGUUGGGAUUUGAAGUCUCUAGGUUUGUUACGCAUAGCAAACUAUUUGUCUUUGUAUAUCAAAAGACAGAAGAACAUUUAUUCAUAUAUCUACACAUACAUAUCCUUCAAUGCCGGAGUUCGAGAUUGAAUCUGUUAGGAGGAGCCGAAGGGUGUUUAGAUCGGGAGAUGAUAGGGAUGAUCGAGGCUGGACCUUGCUCCACAUCCAUGCUAGGAAAGGUGACCUCAGAGUGGUGAGACGGCUUCUCGAUGAAGGAAUGGAUGCUAAUGUGGCUGCCUGGGGCCCGAAGUCCCACGGUGUGACCCCUCUCCAUCUUGCUGCUAAAGGUGGCCACAUUAAAGUUAUGGAUGAACUGCUCGAGCGUGGGGCCAACAUCGAUGCCAGAACUAAGGGUGCAUGCGGCUGGACCCCACUUCACAAUGCAGCUAAAGAAAGAAAGAAGAAAGCAAUAAAAUUCUUAGUCGAAAACGGGGCAUUUUUGCCGGACAACAUCGAUGACUCAAGGUUCAACCCGCCCAUGCACUACUGUCCCGGCCUCGAGUGGGCUUAUGAAGAAAUGAAGCGUUUGCAGGACAUAUCUUCUUCAUCCUCUCAAUCGCCGCUGCGUCCGCCUCCCUUCUGCCGGCCGACCGGCAGCCUCUACAGCGGCACUGCUCUACACCGAGGUGGCGGCGAGCUCAAAGUCCGGUCGUCUCACUCUUCGCGGCAUGGCGUCUCUCCGUUUCCUGGUGGCCAUGGCGCUUCUCGAGGGUGCUCCGACGUCUGUUCGGCAAGUUGCGGCCACUGGCGUUUUCCUCCUCCGUGGUGGGUGAAUGGCCUGAGACCGACGCCGUCUAGUUCCCUGGAUCUUGCCGCCUCCUGGUGCUGGGGUGUUGGGGUCCGACGGGGGGUGGUCGGCCACCGUCGAUGGUGGUCGACUGCCGUCCGGUUUGGUGUUGGGGGGCUAGAUCGGUGUUGGGCUCUCGGUGUAGUCCGUGUUGGUUCCGUUGAAUGGAGUUCGGGCUCAUUUUGGUAUCUGCAGGAUGCAUUCAAGGUCCCGCUUGUGAUACAACUAACAGAUGAUGAGAAAUGUAUGUGGAAGAAUUUAACCGUGGAGGAAAGCCAGAGGCUUGCCCGCGAAAAUGCUAAAGAUAUAAUUGCUUGUGGUUUUGAUGUUUCAAGGACGUUUAUAUUUUCCGACUUUGAUUAUGUUGGAGGUAAUCUCGUUUUUCCUAAUUUGCAAAUAUGCUUACAGUGCUUGGAUUUAUUCUGCAGUGCCUUCUACAAGAACAUGGUCAAGAUUGCAAAAUGUGUGACUUACAACAAGGUAGUUGGUAUAUUUGGUUUCACUGGUGAAGAUCACAUUGGAAAAGUGAGCUUUCCGCCUGUUCAGCGAAACGAAUUAGCCACUCAUAUGGAAUUCAAAAUCAACAAUCAAAGCCAUCAUAUUCAUGGAUUAGAUGAAAAGAGAAACUUACGAUUAAUAGAAAUCCAAUAUUCGAAUCCAAUGACAAAGCUAAAUCCGAAGCAGAGAAAAGGAGUUUUCAAUCUCCAAAUCAAAUCCAAAGUGCAAACGAUCAAAAUAUGGUCUAAAAAUCUGGUCCUCGAAAUUCGCGCCGGUAAAGUCGCGAGUCGCGACAUUGCCUUUUCUUCGGUCGCGAGUCGCGACAUCAUCGCGAUUCGCGACAUUGCCUUUUCUUCUUCGGUUGCGAGUCGAGACAUCAUCGCGAGCCGCGCGUCGUCAAGAUGUUCAAUUCCUGGAGUCUGGUCGCGACCUACGUCGCGAGUCGCGACUGCAUCUCGCGAGUCGCGACUCGUGCUAGCAUACUGCACCUUCAGGCUCUGUUUUUCUCGCGAGUCGCGGCUUUCAUCUCGCGAGUCGCGACUUUGGACUGCAGCUCCGUCUUUUCCAAGUUCUUUUCCACAUCUGUUCGCUGGUAAAGAUAAAAUCCGUUGCUUGAUUCCAUGCGCAAUUGACCAGGAUCCUUACUUCAGAAUGACACGGGAUGUUGCUCCUCGAAUUGGCUAUCACAAGCCUGCUUUGAUUGAGUCGUCCUUCUUUCCAGCUCUUCAGGGAGAGACUGGAAAAAUGUCGGCCAGUGAUCCAAAUUCUGCUAUAUAUGUCACUGACUCUGCCAAGGACAUUAAAAACAAGAUAAACAGAUAUGCAUUCUCUGGUGGGCAAGAUUCAAUAGAGAACCACAGAAAGUACGGAGCAAACCUUGAGGUAGAUAUUCCGAUUAAGUAUCUCGGCUUUUUCUUGGAGGAUGAUAGUGAACUCGAGCACAUCAGAACAGAAUACGGUGCUGGGCGUAUGCUAACAGGUGAAGUGAAAAAACGGCUUAUUGAAGUUUUGACCGAACUGGUCGAAAGACAUCGCAGGGCACGAGCUGCUGUGACUGAUGAGAUGGUAGAUGCAUUCAUGGCGGUCAGGCCACUUCCAAAUAUGUUCAGCUGAAUUUGGCAAAGCUUUUUUAUAUGAGCUUGUAAUGUCUGAUAAAAGAGUUGGUCUCCAAAAUUGUUACCAAAAAAUCCAAAUUUUCUUCAUUUUAACUUCUUUAUGAAUGAGAUUAUGAUUCAUGUUAGGGAAUAUUUAUCUCAGCUAUUUGCAUAAAUGAAAAAGAAACAAUUAGAGUGACAAAUGGCUUAGGCCUGUAGCACUACUUGAAAAACAAAUGUAAAACAGUACGAUAUAAAAAGUUCAUACAAGUAUAAAUUGGGUGAAAUGUCUAUCUAAUUUUUCAACUAUA